AUGGACGCUACUCUUACAUUUCAGAUGUCAACAAUAAUGGAUGAAGAUGAGCUUCUUAACGUCCCUGAUGAUCAACAACACGUCACAGAUGAAGUGUUCGACGUCGACGAACUGCUUGGACCUAGCGAGAUAGUGAAAGAAGACACAGCUGAACUCGCCGAUACAGGCGGAAACGCAUCGGAUUGUGCAGCCGAAGAUGCUGCUGGGAAUACGAAUGUAGAUGCAGUGGUACCAGAUGAAAGUUUUGAACGAGAAGAACUUGACUAUGAAGAAGAUGAUGAUGAGGAACACAAAGAGGAGCGCACCGGUCGAUUCACAUCGGAAAGGAAACUGGCAGAUGCUACUCCGCCCACUCCUAACACCAUCGAUAAAGUGGAGAGUCGACGUCAAGGUGAGAAUCGUAAUCAUGGUCAGAAGCAGUAUCGCAAUAAUGGACGAGGUGGUAAUCGUGGUCGUGGAAACGGAAAUCGUUACAGAAAUGGUCCUAUGCAAUAUGGAGGGCCGCAAAGACCUGGUGGUAUGAUCGGAGGACCGCCUCCACUUUUAGCGAUAAACACCCAGGGUAUGUAUCCACCCCCGGGAGGGAAGAUACUUAUCAAUCCAAACUUCAGAGGUUCCAUCGGAACAUCUGGACCUGGACCAAUUGGUGGCCCUCCCGGUGUCAUUUCUCUGGCUGGAGCUCCAUCUGUGUUGCCAACAAUUGUACCUGGGCAAACUGGUCCUAUCAUUCCACGGCUGCCAAACGGAAUUCCUCUUACAGGUCUUCCAUCAAACCAUGGAGCAGCUGGUUUUGGUCCACCUCCAGGAAACCGCCCUACAAUGCCUCCUCCUAUUAUGCCUGGUAUGAGUGCAUCGAUCAAUCGACCAGUUCCUGUUGGACAAUGGGAUCAAGCCGUAGAGGCUUUUCUCAGCGGUUCUUCUCAACGCCAACGAAGCCCACGCAGAAGACAUCGUCGCAGUUCAUCGUACAGCAGCUACAGUAGCUAUAGUAGUAGAUCGAGGAGUGCUGGCAGCUCACGGUCGCGAUCGCCUCGCCGUCGACGAGACAAUCGAGGUGCCAGCGGUCGGCCAAGAAAUCAAAGAGAUCGCGGAGGACGAGGUGGCGGCAAUUUCAGGGGGAGAGGAGGUCAGAAUAGGCGAGAUAAUGCUCCAAGAAGAGAGCAAAACAAGGAUCAUAGACAGAUAUCGGCAGAGUGUGCGAAAGCAGUUGGACUUGACAAUGAAUAUCUUUCAAAAUUGGAGGACCAAAGAAGAAAACGUGAUGAAAUCUUGAGAAGGAAAGAGCAGCGUCGUUUCGGUGCCGGAAACAAUAAUGAUCAGGGCAGUUCGUCAAAUCAGCGACAGAACGAUCGUGGUGGAUAUCGGCAGAGUCAGCAAAGAGACCGACGAUCGAAUGAAAACCACUCUACCAAUGACCAGCGAAGAAAUGGAGGUGGUCCCAACUCAUCGUCGGCCCAAUCCUCCUCGAAAGCAUCCACUGAAGCAGAAGCUGCGCUGAGGAAGAACAAAGCCUAUCUGUGUGUCAACGUUAAGAACAUAAAACAAUUAACAACAGCCAAGAUGCGGGUUGAAACGCUUGCAAAGGACCUGGGAGAGAUUAGGAAGUGCUGGAAGUCGAGUGAGGACCAAGUAACAGUGAUAUUUGUCGAACAUUCCAAAGCAAAAGAGUUCAUGCUUAAAUAUAAUAACAAAGUUUUGUCGGGACUACGUAUACAAGUGGGACUGGAAAAGGCGUAUCUCAAUCUCGCCGAGAUUCAAUAG